AUGGUGUUUUUUUCGAAGAAGCACGGGAUUUAUAGUUCGAAGCUGACGCUUCAUGUGUACAGCAUAGCUCUACAAUGCAUGAUGGGCGUUAGGAUGAUUUUGUGUUCCCCGAACUUAGGAGACUUGAGUUUGGUCUUUAAAGUGAGAUCACUUCAAGACGUUUAUGAGUUGGGAUUUGACCUUUUACAAUAUGGUGGAAUUGCCCAUAUCGGAUUAGCACUACUGACACUGGGCGGUGUCUUCCUAACCUAUUUCUUUGUGAGCCUUUUCAGGAUUCCAAUGAUUGUGGUUUCAAUGAUUCAAGGCUCAUUUUGCAGUACCACGGCCUUAGUCUGCGUGUACUUCUUGCAAAAGGGCUAUUCUAAUGUUAAUAAAUUAGUUGACUACUUGGCAACUACUGGCAGUUAUUUGGGAUUUGACCUCAAGAAAACGGACAUGCUUGUGGAUAAACGACCAGAACUGUUUUUCAUUGGAGUUCUAGCCACAAUGGCCUCAUCAAUGUAUUCUCGUGCGCAGUGUAUAAGUGGCGACGAUUCCUGCCCCGAAACUAUGAUCAACGCACCCAGUCUUACAAUUGGUCUUGCAAUUUCAUUUGCCCUCAUUGCCCCUUGUAGAGACUACAGGAUUGUGAUUUUAGGUGUAAUUUGGCUCUUGGCUUGCAUCGUAGGUGAAGUUAUCACAACCAUAGGGAGCUUCAAGAUUCUCAAAUUCGUUAACUACACAUUAAUCAUUGUUCACUUUUCGAUGUUCGUGUUUUCACUGGUAACAAUCAUACAUUGUGUCCGAAUUUACACUCACGGGAGACUGGAUUACUCUUCGUACAUCUCACUUGUUAGGGGUGAAAUAAAUAAUUAUGUUGGAGACUACGUUAAUGAGCACUCUGAGGCCUUGAAAAGUUACGUUAAUUACGAUACUGUUAAGGGUUAUUUCCAUAAUCUAACAACUCAACAUACUGAUGAACAAAUCAACCUUUAUAUGGGAAAUGGGAAUUUCUUGCUCGUGGUCAUCCUCUUAUGUACUGUUAACACUGUUUUUACUUUAAUUGCAACUCUGUACAUGUUGUUCAAGUUCUUUGACAUUUUCAGCGACGGAAAAGAAAAGGACAAGUCCAAGAAAACAUCAAAGAAAACGCCCAGGGAUGAUAGGAGCUUCUGUGUCGUUAUUGACCAAGGAUGA